GAUAUUUUUUCCAGCGACUUACGUCACUUCGACAAGAAUGAGAAUUUUCAACCUUACCUUCUUGUUACUUACCAUCUUAAUGGUUCUCUCUGCUGUGGACGUUGGUGAAUGUGUCUUGCAAGCACUCAAAAGAUUUAAAGACAUUGUUAUGUGGCCUGCGGAAGUUAAGAAAACGGUUAAGAACAACAUUGCAUUCAUGGGACUAUGGGGACGAAAGAGAACUUGAUAUUUCGUGCUCGAUUGUCGAUAAACCUUGGCAUUGUGU